AUGGCUGACGGCGGCGAGUCUGAGGACGAGGAAAGCAUUGAUGAUCUCGAUCGCCUGGAGCAGACCGAAUUUCCAGACGAGCGAUCACCGAGCCAAGAGGCAAAAGAGAGUGUAGAGAAGGUAGAAGAGCCCGCUGGAACCCGGAGGGGUGUUGCGCAGAAAGUCAAGUCGCGGGGUCGGAAAAAGCGCAAGCAGGAGAGCGAGGAGGAAGACGGCGAAGCCUCACCAUCGCCUGCCGCAUCGCUCGACGCUGAUGGCAUCGACGAGUCUGAGGGUGAGGCGGAUGUCCCAGCCGAAGAAGACGAUGCUCCGCUGUAUCCGCUCGAAGGCAAAUUCGUGUCCUCAUCCGAUCGCGCCCACGUCAUGUCCUUGCCCGAAAUCGAGCGAGAGAGUAUCCUUGCAGAACGUGCUGAAGAGGUGUCCCGUCGGCAACAAGAUCUCCAACUGAGGAAACAACUCCAGCGCAGCCAAGCGGCCGCCAACAAACACAAGCGCAAGGCCGCUGCUGCAGAGCUUGACGAUGGCACUCGGCGGAGUACGCGACCAAAGACGGAGAAGGCUAGCGCACUGGACAACUACAGACGGGCGCGAGAGCAGAAGGGUGCUGAGCGGAGGGAAUUGGAGUCUGGCCGUGAUCGCAGAGACGAGCGGUCUCCCUCGUCAGCCUCGGACAGAGAUGCUGAUGGUGAGAGCGAAGUUGAGUGGGCGGAACCUACAACAGACCGACGUCGGGAUGAUCCACCUGCGGAGCUCAGGGACUUCGAGCGCACGAGAGUCGGUCGUUCGAACUUCUCCAAAGUCUGCUUCUAUCCAGGAUUCGAGGAUGCCAUUAGGGGCUGCUUUGCGCGUGUGAGCAUUGGUCUGAAUAGGGAGACGGGCCAGAACCAGUAUCGCAUGACGCAGAUCAGAGGCUUCACCGAAGGAAAGCCAUACCAGCUGGAGACAUCUCUUGGCAAGAAAUUCACCACGGACCAAUAUGCCAUUGUCGCUCAUGGUAAAGCUGAGAAGCCCUGGCCAUUCUCUGCUUGCUCGGACAGCAAGUUCACAGACGCCGAAUAUCAGCGAUUCCAGGAGACCUUGACCAAAGACAACAUGCGCCAGCCGUCUCGCAAGUUUCUCUACACCAAGGUUGAUGCCAUCAACGCCCUCAUCGACCAGAAGUUCACCGAGCAGACUCUGCAGGAGAAGUUCGCCAAGCAACGAGCCAUGGAGCAGAAGUACAACCCAGCCCACAUUGCCAAGCAGAAACGCAGUGAUAUUCAGAAACGUCGCGCCGAAGCCGAGGACAACGGCGAUGAAGAAGAGGUGGCGAGAUGUGAUGCAGAACUGCAAGCUUUGGAGAAUAGUGCUUCCAAUGCCAACGGUGCCGUCAAGAUUUCGUCCGGCCCGGCCAAGCCUACCAUGCAACAUGACCGUCUUGCGCAGCUCAACCACAAGAACCGCAGCAAGAACCAGCAGGAAGUGCGCAACGCUCUCAUCGCCGAACGCAACCGAAUCAAGAAGGAGAGAGAAGAGAUUGCGAAAGCCGCGAAAGCAAUGGCAGAAGCGGAAGCCAACGCCGUGGUCAAAGCAGAGAAAAAGGAGACGGCCUUGAAGAAGGCUGCCAUGAAGGAUCUCUUCGGCGAAGGCUCAGACACCAGCCGAGCGGGCACACCUGCGACUGGUGUCGAUACUCCAAAGAAGAAGAGCGGGACCAGCACGCCUCUGAAUGGAGUCAAGGGACCGAUUGGGGCGCUCAAGAAGAAGAACCUCGAGGACGAUGUCAUUGGUGGUCUGGAUCUUGGCAUUGACAUUGAGAUUUGA